AGGCUUGCGAAACGCAUUCCGAAUCUUUUUGACCCCUCUCCGGCUCUCUUAGGUCGCAUUUCCGGAGGGCGGGUUCCGCAAAUCGGAAGUGUCCUAGAGAAGGAACUUAAGCGGAACCGCUGCUGGGAGGCCAAGAUGGCUGGGCACAGAUUGGUGCUAGUGUUAGGAGACCUUCACAUUCCGCACAGAUGCAACAGCCUGCCGGCAAAAUUCAAGAAGCUGCUGGUGCCAGGAAAGAUCCAACAUAUCCUCUGCACUGGAAAUCUCUGCACCAAGGAGAGCUAUGACUACCUCAAGACGCUGGCCGGUGACGUUCACGUGGUUAGAGGGGACUUUGAUGAGAAUCUGAAUUAUCCUGAACAGAAGGUUGUAACUGUUGGGCAGUUCAAGAUUGGGCUGAUCCAUGGCCAUCAAGUUAUUCCGUGGGGAGAUGUGGCCAGCCUGGCGUUACUGCAAAGGCAGUUUGAUGUGGACAUCCUAAUUUCAGGGCAUACACACAAAUUUGAGGCAUUCGAACAUGAAAACAAGUUCUAUAUUAACCCUGGAUCAGCAACAGGAGCCUACAGUGCUUUGGAGAACAACAUCAUUCCUUCAUUUGUGCUGAUGGAUAUCCAAGCUUCCACCGUCGUUACUUACGUAUACCAGCUAAUUGGUGAUGAUGUGAAAGUAGAAAGAAUCGAGUACAAGAAAUCUUAAAAGUCGGCUACUCUCGCUAUGCUCCAGUCUCCUUUUUCUUCUUUUUUUGCAGUAUGCACAAAAAAGGUCUACAGUGUUUGCAAUAUUAUUUUAGCUUAUGAAGAUAAUCUUUCACUUAUUGUAGACAGGUUAAGGAGUACUUGCCAUCUUAAAGUCUGUCUUGGCUUUCUUUGUUUUGACUGUAACAAAAGGCUCAAGCUUGUAAAUACUGUUUAAAAUGCUCAGUAGACUUUCAUCUGUUCAUGUGAAGUAUUCCCAACCUUGUAAUAAAUAUUUGUUUAACUUUAA